UUACUUAGGACGUAAGGUCAUACAAGGAUCCUCACUAAACAAUCACGAUGGCAGCCAACGGGUCGUCCAAUGGCUCGCAUGCUCGCCGCCCUCUUCGAAAUGGCAUAUAUGCACCAACGAUGACCUUCUUUGACAACGCGACGGAAGACCUCGACAUCCCCACAAUCAAAAAACAUGCAAUUCGCCUCGCAGAAGCUGGGCUCGUCGGCUUGGUCACCAUGGGUUCGAACGGCGAAGCUGUGCACUUGACGAGGGAAGAGAAGAUCGCGGUCACCAAAGCGACGCGAGAAGCGCUUGAUGAAGCGGGCUUCAAAGACGUCGUGGUGAUGCAGGGGUGUUCGGAGGCCGGCGUGCGAUUGACGGUAUCGUUAUGCAAGGAGGCCGCGGCCGCAGGGGCAGAGUACGCUCUGGUGCUUCCUCCAGCAUACUAUCGUGCUCAGGUGUCAGAGCCCAUGAUUACGGAUUACUACCUCUCCGUCGCCGAGCAAUCGCCAAUACCGAUUUGCAUAUACAACUAUCCAGGCGCGGUUAGCGGCGUGGAUCUUGACAGCGACUUGAUGAUUAAACUGGUAGAGCAGAGCAAAGGCAAGAUCUGCGGUACAAAGUUCACGGAUGCCAAUACCGGCAAGCUCACACGGGUUGCUGCGGCGACAAAUGCAUGCUCUGUACAGUCGGAGGGUUCGGGCUGGGCCGCGUUCGGUGGCAUUGCAGACUUCACACUCCAGACUGCAGUUUCAGGUGGAACGGGUAUCAUUGCUGGGGGCGCCAAUGUCAUGCCCAAGCUGUGUGUCAAAGUUUGGGAGCUGUGCACCAAAGGCGAUCUUAAGAAGGCUCAAGAGUUGCAGAAGGUACUAUCGAAGGGCGACUGGGUACUGACAAAGACGGCCAUUGCAGGAACGAAGGCUGCCAUUGAGAUGGAGUUUGGAUAUGGCGGGUACCCGAGGCGGCCAUUACCACGACUGAGUGAAGAGGAGCGCAAGAAGAUCAAAACCGGUAUCAGCGAAGCCAUGAAGGUAGAACACGGUCUGUAAGUCUUGGAAGUCGGAUAGGGUUCGUCGCCAAAUAUCGUUCGGUUCUAAGCAUGGUUGGGGCCGCGGCAGGAAGCGUGCCCGCAUCACGAAGUCCACUUCUCCCGACCUCUGGCCCUAUGGAGGUGGAUAGGGCUGUGCUCUCAUCAGCAUCAGUUUCCGUAGCUAACUUGCAUCUAAUCCGGUGAGGCUUCGUCUGAGGUGUAUCUCUGAACAGUGCACUGCGGAGAUGUGUGCACAAGGUCAAUAUAGCUCGGUCCUACCGUAGUUCGCCUUUCAAAAGAACAGCCAGCCGUUCGGAGAGCGGCCGAAGGCCGAAAACCCA